AUGGUCUAUUGUGUGCAGAUAGCAUGCUUGGGCUCUUUUAGCAAUGGUUGGGUAAUUGGUUCUCCCAAUAUUCCAGGCGAAAUCACGCAUAAUUGCCCCAAUGGCAAUGCGCAUGUAAAUAACUCAGCAUGGCCCGAUUGUUUACCUAUGAACAAUGGAUUAUGGGGGUUUGCAGUCGCUUCAUUCUGCGUAGGAGGCCUCAUUGGUGGUCUAACAGCUGGCAAUCUCCAGACAAAAGUUGGUCGUAAAAGAGCCAUUAUGCUCAAUAAUUUGGGCUAUAUUAUUGGUGGUCUUCUCAUUAGUGUUUCUGUGCAUGAAAGUAUGUUUAUCAUUGGCCGCAUCUUAUGUGGUCUAGGAUGUGGUAUGGGGUCAUUAUCUAUCCCUACUUAUAUUGGUGAAGUAUCUACCAUUAAGGCGCGUGGUGCAAUGGGUACUUGCAAUCAGUUUUUUAUUGUCCUCGGCAUCUUACUCUCCUCAGUCAUUGGGCUUCCGUUAGCCAAUGUACCUUUAUGGCGUCUUAAUUUUGCGAUUGUCUGUUUACCUGCUAUUGCUCAAUUCUUUUUGAUGAAUACAUGUGUUGAAACACCUCGUUAUCUGAUUUCUGUCAACCAUAUUGAAGAGGCUCGACAGUCACUCCAAAAGCUUCGUGGUAAUAACUACAACAUUGAUCGUGAAUUUUAUGAUAUGGUUGAAGGUUAUUAUGGUACUGCUGCUGCUCAAUCCAUGCUAGACUACCAAAAGCCGCCUGCAACAGAAGAAGAGAAACAGACAGAAAAAGAAGCUUAUAUUACCAAAUCUGGAGAAACUAAAGAACAUACAUUCGAUGCGACUCAUGCUGAAGACAACGAAUCUACUGAUGAACAAGUUCCUGUUACUCAAAGAGACACUAUGAGCAUUAUUCAAAUUUUUACUGACCCUGUCAUUCGACGCAUUACGCUUACUGUCGUCUUUUUGCAUGCCUUUCAGCAGCUCGUCGGCAUUAAUGCUGUCAUGUAUUACUCUGUGACUAUCUUUGUCUUAGCUUUUGAUGCAAAUAUGGCCAAGUACAUGGCUAUUGUUACAACUGUUGUUAACUUUGUCAUGACAUUAGUGGCAGUUGCCAUGAUUGAUCGUAUGGGUCGUCGGCCUUUGUUAUUGAUAGCAAAUGCUGGUGCUUGCCUGUUCUCAGUCUUGCUAGUCGUUGGAUAUGUAUACACCAUCCCCGCUUUGCUUGUGGUAUCUGUCUUCUUAUAUGUUGCUUCUUUUGCUAUCGGUAUUGGUCCUAUUCCUUGGCUAUUGACAUCUGAAUUGACACCAACAUAUGCUUCGUCUGCUGUGGCUGCUGUGGCUACUGGUGUAAAUUGGGCUAUGAACUUCUUAAUUGGCCAAUUAUUUCCAGUCAUCUUUGGGCGUAUUGAAGGUUAUUCAUUCGCCAUUUUUGCAAUCGUUUCCUUACUUGCCUUUAUAUUCACUUUUACCUUUUUGCCUGAAACAAAGGGUAGAUCACUUGAAGCUAUCGUAAGAGGCUUUGAAAAGCACAGACGAUAA